GAAGCCAUGAUGCCUGUUGUGUUCUUCCAUGGUGGACAGUUUACAACUUUAUUUGCAAAGUUAACACAUAAACAUUAAAAACGUCGUCGCUUAAAGAAUUUCCCGAGCUCCUAGAUGGACACAUCGUCCAUAAUUACUCAAGUCGGAAGAGAUGAGGAACUUCUUAACACGUUUCCUCCAUCGGAAAAAGGUUCGACGACGACGACUAAUGUAAAUAAUACCCAACUGAAAAAACCAAGAAACCGCAAUAUAUUCAGCUCCAUUUUAUGUUGUUUUGGAAAUAAUAAUAACAAUAAUAACCCAACAGCAAACUGCCAACCUACUGUGGUCGAAGAAAACGGGAACCCAAGGACAAAUGCAGAAAAAUAUCUGUUAGCGCCUGUUUUAAAUCAGGAUUUAAAUAAAAAAUGUGUAGUUAUAGAUUUGGAUGAAACAUUAGUUCAUAGCUCAUUUAAGCCAAUCAGCAAUGCAGAUUUUAUAGUUCCUGUUGAAAUAGAAGGAACAGUUCAUCAAGUAUAUGUUUUAAAGAGGCCUUAUGUAGAUGAGUACCUAAAGAAAAUGGGAGAACUAUUUGAAUGUGUGUUGUUUACUGCAAGUUUAGCAAAAUAUGCGGAUCCUGUAGCUGAUUUACUAGAUAAAUGGGGAGUUUUUAGGUCUCGUCUCUUCAGGGAAUCAUGUGUCUUUCAUCGGGGGAAUUAUGUAAAGGACUUAAGUCGGUUAGGAAGAGAACUAAGCCAAGUUGUGAUAGUAGAUAAUUCUCCUGCCUCAUAUAUCUUCCAUCCAGACAAUGCUGUGCCUGUACAGUCCUGGUUUGAUGAUAUGGAGGAUACAGAAUUACGUGACCUUAUACCAUUUUUUGAGGCUUUAGCAAAAGUGGACAAUGUUUAUACAUUUUUACGAAAUGCACAAAAUACAGACUCUUCCUAGUAUAGGCUUUUUAAUUAAUUUGACCUUGGUUACAGAGGUGGACACCCCUAAUUGUGGUUACUGUGGUGAUAAACCCUAAUUGACCUUGGAUAUCAAGGAGAAAACCCUAACUACAAGGUGAUAAUUGUUAAUUAACUGAGUGCUAUUUUCAGUUUUGUAUAUGCAAGAAAAUUUAUAUUUUGCUGAAGAAUUACCAUCACAGGAAGUAGCUGCUCUGCAGUGAAUAGAAAGCUGCAAUGGGAUUGGACAUAGGAAUUUUAUAAAGGUUGUGACAUGUGACAUAGCUUCAAUAAGCAAAAAAGCAUGUUAUUAAAAAAUGUUGAGGUGCAUUCACACUGCUUGACAGGUACUUAAACUGUGCCAAAUGUGAAAAGUGAUGUAGUUAUGUUAUUUCAUAGAUAAAUACAUCGAAAAAUGUCAAUCUUCUGAACAGAGCUAUUCCUUCCUGAGACUUAAACUACUGACAUACCAAUAUCAGACUGGUUGUCAUUGCUUACAUCAAGUUCAAAGAGGCUGAUAAUUUCCAAUUGAUAUAUAUGCAAAUGAAAUCCUUAUGUCACUGGCUUGAUUGCUAAAUUUUCCAAGCCUCAUCUCCAUCUUUGAGAGUUCAAACAACAUAGUACAGUAAAGUAAACAUUCUUUAUAUCAUAACCAUGUCAAGCAAUUUUUAGGUCUGAUUACUCUAAAAGGAUUUUAACCUAAUGACGAGAAAAACUAUUCAUUUUGAAAAGUGAAGCAUUUUGUGAAGUGAACACAAAUCAAAAUUCAGGUAAACAAGAAUAUCUUAUUGAUCAUCCAAACGGGAGUAACUAGAACAAGGGAAGUAACUAGAACAAAUUUAGAAAAUUCUGCAUCAUAAUUACUAGCUUUUGUGAAAAAACAAAGUGUUGGUAAUAUUUCUUUUAUCUGACUGACCAGUUCUCUUUUAAUAUCCAUAUAAGAAUAUGUGGGGCAUAUAUCAAUUAGACAGCAACCCAAAAGUAAACAGUUUAUGAGAUACACAACAAUUUACAAGAGUAGGCUAAGGAAAAAAGCUUAAGUUGGAGAUUAGUGACAGAAAUAGGCAUGGUAUAAGUGUCAGAGUUUGUCGCAGGAAGGAAGCCCAUGCUCACUGUUUGACAGAUUGCAAAUGUGUUAAAAUUUAAGUGCAGUAUUUUCUAAAAUAUGAAUAGCUUUAAGCAAGUGUUUCUGACAGUGAAAAUUGUCUCCUCUAUCAAUUAAAAAAAAAAAAAAAUUCAGCCAAAAUAAGGCAUAAAUAUAUUGACCGAACAAAAAAAUCAGUAAACAAAAAUUCAAAUUUGAUAAUGCUUUUGUUGACCAGUAGAAAUACUCCCAAGAAUUUACUGCUUUUUGAUAGAUUUGAUGAAUAGGAAUAUUUUUAGAAUUUACUGCACUUGAGAAUGGAAUGUUGUAUAGAUUGAGUGUACUGAGAUGAUUUUUUACCUCGACAGAUUUGUGAUUUUAAUAGUUUUUAUAAUGUUUCUAUUUUAGUUAUAUAAAAUUUUUAACGAAAUGUUCUUGUGCGAUAGUUUUCUUAACCUUUCUUCUGUCUAAUUAUGUAUGCAGAUUACAUUGUAAAGUUCUACCUUAUUUUAUCAGUAAAAAGAGUAGGUUUUGUGUAAAAUUUAGUUUCAUAUUUUUGUUUACCUCUUAAAGAAUCUGUCACAAUGUUUGAAUAGGAAGGAAGCAUUUGCAGCAUUAAAAGGUCAUCUUUAAAGUUCUCUUACAUGAAAUUGUGUCUAAAAACAUUUUUGAUACCAACCCUUUAGUCCUUAAGAGGAAUUUUGAGAUGACCCUUUUAAUAUUACACUUAUGUUUGGUGUUAACCAUGCAAUUUACCCUUGGAAUUAUACAAAUCAUGCCACAAUUAAUUUUUAAGUUCUCCAAAUGUACAUUCAUAAAGGAACAGAAUUAAUUUUUUGAUAUUUAAAAAUAUGAUCCAAAUUUUUCUCCUUAUUUAAAAAAAAAAUGAAAUCAUGGUGUUAAUGAAUAGAUUAAUUGUGGCAUUAUUUGACUACAGAAAGUGUUAAACCAUUGCUAAAUAUGUAAAUUACUAUUCUAUGAAGGUGCCUUAUAUACUGAUUGUAAAAAUCUUAAAUUAUAUUCAUCAAUCAUUGUGUGGUAUCUUUGUCAUAUUUGUUUGUAAACAAAUGAUAUGUGUAAACAGAAUGGCUUGCAAAUCAAUGGGCAAAAUUAUAUCAGCAUUGUUUAGGCUUAUUUGAAAUGUUCAGGCAAAUCUCCAGACAACAUCCAUAAAAGUAUUCUAGUCUUAGGAAAAAGAAAUCUUGUCUGUGUAGAUACUGUUUUAUUACUACUGUAAAUUCAGAAAUUAUUGUGGGCAUUUAUUAUUGAGAUUUUUUAAAGAAUGGAGAAAAAUGUGAGAUUAAUUAUUGCAAUUUCAUGAUAAUCUGCAUACAGAUAUAUGUAAAGAAUAUCAGAAUGCAAGUUCCUAUUAAUUGCGAUACUAACCCCUGUCACAAUAUUGGCAAUAAUAAAAACCUCUCAAUAAUUUCUGAAUUUACAAUACUUCUAAACAUAAACUUAAGGUGAGAAUGAUGACCUAGUUAAAAACUCCAUAUACAUUUCUCAAAAAUUACAAAUUACAAAGUAUUAAGGUGGUACCAAACACCUUGACUAAAAUUGAUUUGGCUCGUUUAAUUUUCAUAAAAUUUUGACAAAAUAUUUACUUUGACCCUUUGACAAAAAUAUAAAAAUUUCAAAAAACUUGAACCACACACUUUAUCGGAAAGAUUUCAUUGGAUAUAUAGCAGUUCGACAAACACUAAUUUUUAUCAUUGAGAAGCUUUAUAUUUCCUUAACAAUAGAACGUGAUUAAAACAUUCAGCUGAUUUUUGCAGAGUUAUCUCCCUGUAGUGUUAUGUACCACCUUAAUGUUAUAACUGCUUUCACAUUUCUCAAAAAUGUUGCCUAUCUUGAUUGAACUUUUGAAUCAGUUAAAUGAUAAACCUAAGAGACAUAUCAGUAUAGAGUUCAGUAAUUCAAACAAAUAAGCUUCUUUAUCACUUAGAUCCAAGCUUCAUUGCAACAUAGAUCAAAGCUUUGCCAUAACACAGAUCCCAGCUUCCAUGUAAAACAUACUAUUUUAUAUCAAAUGAAUAUCAUGGGUUGUUUUUCUUAAUUUUGUACAUAAUAUUAUCUUAUGAAAUAUUUGUUUGUUUGUUUUUAAUUUAAAAUAAGGGACUGGCUCAAUCUAUUAAGGAGAGAAAGAUAUUCUUUGACAUGUUUCAUAUUAUAGUAUACAGGACAAUACGAAAGAACAGUUUUACUUACCAUGUUCAAUGUUAUAGAGGGCAAGACUCAAUAGAAAUAGUUAUGGAAAUACUUUAAUAUUGUUUGAUUUUUUUUUAUAGAUAAACAUUUAUUAUUUAUGAUGUUUGUUAUUAGAAUUAAGAAAUUUUUUAUACAAAUAUUUUUAUGUGACAUGAAAAAUUUAUUAAAAACAUCUCAUAUAUGUGAAAGUGAACAGACUUUAUAAAUGUUAGACAUUUUUAUUGAUAUUGUUAACCAAUUGACAAGGAGCCUUUAAAAUUUGUAAUAGGGACAUUCAUAAAUUGAAAUUGAAACCCUUUGACUUGGUUGUUGCAAUAAUUCAAAUCGUGAAUUUAAUAAUGAAUAAAAUUGAAAAUGUUCUGUUAGAUUUCAAACAUCAUCAAUGUAACCUUGGGAACCAGAGAUUAUGUAAAUAGAGUAUCUCACAAUUCCCUGCAGCAAUCUGCAAAGAUUAUUUCUAUUGCUGUCAAGUUCUUAUAACGUAUAUGUGGAGAGCAGUUUAAGACAUUUAUUUUCAGGAAUUUUUAUGAAUAGGAUAAACAAAAAAUGAUAUUUUUAAAAAUAAUUUUGACCUAUUGAGACAGUCCCUAGUUUUAUGUAUUUAAAAAAGUUCUUUUUAAAAUGGCAUCCACAAAAUACCUCAAAUUUGAAAAAAAUAUAUUGUUCUAACUUGUAUGUUAACUCUUUGUUUGCUGAAGGAGUACACAAGGUUACAAGGUCACAGUGUAAAAUUUGUCCUGUUAGGUGUUUUUGGCUGAGUUUAAGCAACUUUCAACAAUGGUCCAGAAUUUAUAAAUAUUUUGACUUUGAGUAUCAGUGAAUUUAUGAUAGGACCAAAAGUGUAAAUAUAAAGAUUUUUGAUUGAGCAUAAAAUCAUAUUGGCAGAUCAAAUUUAUUUACCAAUAAUAAUAUUUUCUAGAGAAAUUAAUUUGCAUAUGAAUUAAAUUUUCCUUCCUUCGUUUAGUUUCGAUUAUAUUCCAGAGAAAAGUAUUUUUAGUAUAAUUAAGAAAAAAAACAUUUGGACUUUUUAUAGGAAUAGAAGGUUUUAUUUUGUUUAUUUUGAAGGAAGGCUUUAUUCUGGUGUGCAUACUAUACAAAAAUUACUUUGUGUCUCGCCAUUGCAGGAAGUGGAUUUUUUAUGAAUUUUUUUUCAGUAAUUUAUUAAGUUUUUCAAAAUUCAUUUGUAUGUAUCCACUUUGAUAGUUCACAACACUUUUUGGAAUCGUUCUUCAGUUGUAUUGGUUGUUUUGGAAAAAAUGAUUACAACUGUCUACCAUACCUGCCAACUUUUCAAACUCUCCAUGGGGGAUAUUAAGUGCAAGAGGACCUAAUGCUCCUCUUAUAUUGUCAUACAUGUUCUUAAUCUACUACUACAUUGUUUAAAUGAGUAUAUAUGUGCUAAAUACCCUUUUAACUCAUUUGAAUGUCUGUUUUGAGGUCUUCAGUUUAUGUAAUAAAGAAUUACGAAAUUCAGGUCAACACCUCUUAAGGAAGGUAUCCCCCAUAAAUAGGGAUAGUUGGCAGGUCUGGUCUACACAAUUGUAAAAGACAACACCUCACAAGUGUAAUCUUUUAUCCAUUGAAUGAUACAUAUAUUUAGAAAAUUGCCUAGCUUUACUAGCAAAUAUAAUUGAUUUUCAUCAAAGUUCACUUUCCAAAUGAUGUUGAACACAGAAACAAAAAAGUUGAAAUUUGGACGUGCUGUUCUUGAGAACGUUUAUUUAUCAAUUCUGAAACAAAAUUUAGUUUGCUUAGAGAAAAUUAAAUAUUGGUAGGAGUUUUUCCUUUAACUUUCGCUACAGACAAUCAUUAAUGAUUUACUGAAUAAACAACAAACUGAUGGCUAUAUUAAUGCUUUUUCUUCUAUUUAUACAUUCAUAAUACUUGUCUCACAAUCUUUGGUCCCUUUAAAAUCUUAGACAGCUGUUUUUAUUCAAACGUGUUGGAAUAUUUGAAUAUUUUUUUUUUUUUUUUUUUAGGAAAGUGGUAUCCUUCAUCAGAUAGAUCUAGUAAAAUACACCUCCAUGGGCAUAUAAAUUCAUAAUUUAAAUAAAUGGAAUAUUUUUAUUAAAUAGUGAAAACAAAAUAUUAGAUAGCCAAAUUGCAAAGAAAUAUCAUUUUGAAAUUUUGGAUGAUAAUGGCCAGCCAAAAAUAUAUAUGUAAGAUAAUUCUAUUUUAGACCUGAUUGUAGGAAUUAUUUUUAAACUUUGACAAUUUAACUGCAAAAAUGAGAAAAUAAACCUUGAAGUGAACCUCCCCUAUCAAAUUUAUUUCCUUUAGAUGGAGAUCUCCAAAGGGACGAAGAGUUGACACUUUUAACUAACAAUUUAAUCUACAAAAUAUUAGUCUAAUUUCGUGAAAUGUUUAGCAUACAAAGCUGAAAAAUUUACAUGGAAAGCACCUUAAUUGUGAUUGUAUGAGCCAAUUCAUUCAGGUAACUUUCAUACUAGUAGAACUUUGUGUUUUUAAUUCAGGGUAAAAUAAUUUAAAGCUUAAACACAGCUGGAGAAUAAGUUGUUAAUUAGAUAACUUGUAUAGUGUUUUAUGGUCACCGUAGUAACCUACUAAGAUCCGCUAAUAAUAUGUAUGUUAAUGGUCUUUUUUUUUUUGGUGAAGGGGGGGGGGGGGGGAUGUGCAAGCAUGAAAAAUGUAGUGUUUUUACCAAUUUCAAAUUAUGGUUGUAAACCCUUAACAUGCAUGUUUGACAUUCUGUUAGUUGGGCAAAAUAUUUGAUAGAAAAGUUAUGUUACUGAAAGAUGCAUUUAACAUACUGAAGUCUGAUUUUAAAUAAUUUUUGUAUUACAGCUUAGUUAUCUCCCCUUAUGUGUGAUAGUGAUAUAACCAGGAGGAAAACGUGAUAAAUGAUUGUUUAUUUUCUUGUUUGUUUAUGUUUGUUUUACAUUUUAUGUCUCUUUUAUUGCUGAUAAUGUAAACAAAAAUGUUUAUGUAAACAUAUAUAAUUACAUUGUUAAUCACUAUGAAAUUUGUACAUAGAAAUAGCAUUAUUUUUGCUACGUCCAUAAUACUAUUAUUAUAUAUAUAUAUAUAUAUAUAUAUAUAAAGUUUCAAAUUAUAAGCAUUUUAAGGAAAUUUCAUGAAUUGUUAAAAAGGAUGUUGAUGGUUUGCUGCUUCAGUUCAAAUAACACCAUUUUCAUAAAUGAAGUCUUUUUUAAUUGAUAUUGUAUAAUGUAUCAAGAUUAUUGAAAAUUUAAGAUAAGCCGUUGUCCAUGUUUUAUUAGACAUAUGUUGAUUAUUGAUUUUUAAUCCUGUUUUAUAGAAUAUCAGAGAAGCACAAAAUAAAGGAAUCAAUAGUUAAUUUUAUAGUUUUAUAUUGGAAAUACAUACCUUUAGAAAGAGCAGUAAUUGAUAUGAAAAGAAAUAUUUUAUAAAAUUUUUUGUAAUUUAAUAAUGAUUUGGAGUGAAUUAUAGAUUGCACUAUAACAGAACAAUUUAUGAAUUUCCUUAAAUGCUCAUAACCGAAUAUAAUUUGAUAUAUAUAGAGAGAAUAUAUCCUGUAUACUUGUAAAUAGAUUGUUUGUUUCAGUGCAUCAUGUGGCCAUGUCCGCCUUUUCUUAUUGGGCAGUACACACAGCCAAAAUUUAUAUCUCUACUCAUGCCUAAUUCCUUAUUUGUUGUAUAAAAGAAGUUCUGAUAGGAAAUUUUACUAUGAACAAUGUAUUAAGCAUUUAUUAUCAAUAUUUUUUGAAAAAGUAGGAGCAAAACAAGACAACUUUCCUCUCAGUUUAAUAAAAAAAAAUAAAUCUGUUUGGUUUAUAGAUGCACCAUUUUCUUGAAGAGAGUGCUUCAGUAAGAAACCAAUACAAAGUUAUUACAGAAAAAUAAAUAUGAAACCAAAAUGAACAAAAAUCCAUUUAUAUUUGUAUUUGAACACUUAUUUUUAUAUUGAAGUUUCAGGUGCAUUUAUUAUGGAUGUUUACUUAAUCCAGUGAAUUUUUCAACAAAAUUAUGGUACAAAUAUCUGCCAUUUUGUUACGAACUUAAAUCCAUGUUCUUAUUUUGCUCAAAAGUCAUUUCAGGACACCUCAUAGUAAUCUGCCCGAACAUUAAAAAAUGACGAUUACAAUAUUACCGGUAAAUCUUCUCGAAGAAAAUAGUAUGUGAGAUUUGAGUCAUUGGUGUAUUUUAAUUGUUCAUUUAAUUUUUUAUAUCAUUAUAAAUUGAGUUUGCUUUAAUUCAUUUUUUGCACUUAAAAAAGGACAUGUUUUUUUUUUCAUUAAUUAAAACAGGAUGUUUGUUUUAGGCACUCCAUACUUCCCCAUCUUUAACUGAAAUCUAGUCAGGGCUUUUAUGUUGGCUGUCCCUUUUAAUCCUUUUAAAUAGACUUUUGUUUAUAGAAAAUAUAGAUUUAUUAAUAGUCUGUUGGUGAACGGUCAUGGAUGUUUAUUUGAUGUGUAAUCCAGAUUUUAUGAUGACAGUUUUAAUUUAAGGAAAUAAGAGACUCUUUGUUUACUUUUUUGAUAUUUAAAGUUGAUACCCUAAGCCUACCUAAUAUCUUGCGUGAAAACAUAAUCGAUGUCCCUUGAAUAAUUGGAUAUAUUUUUGAAUAAGUUUGAGAGAUGAACUGUCAAUGUAUAUUUGUUCCGCCUAACAGAAGUUCCACUGGAAACUUUGUUAUAAACAAUGUCAUAAUAUCUAUUCCUGUUGGAACAAAUAUUCUAUACCAUUUAUUCCGUUAGGAACAUAUACUGUAAUAUUUAUUCCUGUGGAAAUAAUAUCCCAGAACAUUUUUUCCUUUUGGAACUUAUAUUAUAAAGGAACUUCUAUUCCGUGACAGAACAAGUGAGAAAAAAUUAUUCCUCAUUCUGCAAAAUACCACUAGAUACCGCCGACACCCUAUGAUAUAAUUCACAUAAAUCAGUUUAAGAAGUUUUUUUAGGAUACUUUUGUCAGAAAUUUCUGAAGACUCAUCAGGUGUAUUUGAGAAACCCUUGUCAAGAUUAUUAGAAAUUAUAUAACCAGGUUUCUUAAAGGCUCCUUGGUCAGAAAUUUCUGAAACUUUACCAUCAAAUAUAGUUGGAAAACCCAUGUCAGAUAUUCCUGACACCUAAUCAUUAGUCUAAAAUGUUCUGGUUAAUGACCUUGGUUAAUGACCUUGGUAAAUGGUUAAUUAAUACUGGUACUGAUCAUUACCCAGCUUAUAAGAAGUCAAUUAUUCUCUGAUAAAUGAUUGGAUAAUAUCUGGAUUAGACAUUAAGUACUUAAUUUAUGUUCACUGCAAGCCAACAAUGAAGCUUUGUUUUCCUGUUGCAACAGCCUAGCAUUUGUUUCUUUUAACACAUAUUUUACUUAAAUGUUUGGAUUAUAUGGUAACUACCAAGACACAGAAUAAAGUCUUGUAACAUCAUAUCUAUAGAUUGGUAUUGUUUGACAAAAUUUGAGCAAGAGUUACUUCCCUUUUGUCGCCAUGUUGGAGGUCUAUGUGCAAAUGUUUCGUCAUGAAUCUGCCAAUUUUGACUUGUUAUACUGCCCUCUAGACUGGAAAAAAUGUUGUUUUCUAAACAAUUUUAAUUUCUUUUAGCCUUGCUUGAUCCAUCACUACGAUCUAUUAUUAUGGAUCUCAUAUCAGACUUUUUUUGUACUGCAUAUUUCAGUUUGGUUAGUCAAAUAAGAAUCCAAAAUGGCAGCCAAAGGGAAGUAACUCAAACUCCAAUUAUGUCAUAUCCAAACCUAUCUAUAAAUUUAAUAUUUUUGACAUCAGCAUCUAAGGAUGAAAAAUAUUGCUUAUGUAACACAAUUUUGUCCAUAAGAAAGUGAUUCAUGAGUGUGUAAUAAAUUAAUAAUUGAUGAAAAAAUGUAUACCUAAGGGAGACAACUUUAUAUUCUAUAGGAAGAGGUUAUCUCAAAGGUUCAAGAUUAUUUUACAUGUGAACUAUGAUAAAAUCGUAAAUUUUGAUUUAUUAUAAAAAGACAUUAAAAGUACAGAAGCUAGAACUAUUUUAAGAGAAAAAACCAUUUUUACCAGUUGUAUAAUCAAAUGCAGCAUAUUUUGCAUUUUAGAUUACACUGAAGUAGUUACCAUAGAAACCAGUCAGAUGUUGUUGUUAUUUGUACAUAAUGAUUUAAAUUUUUAUACAUAAUGUAUUAAUUAAUCCCAAAGUGGGUGUUGGGCUGUAUAGGAAAAUAUUUUCUUUCAGAAAAAAUACCAGUUGAAAAUAAACUUAAAUCAUUAUUAUAUAAA